UCUCUCCUUCCAUCAAAACCGUUUAUAAUUUCAACCAUUACUCACUUACCAUCAGAUAAAACUUUCCUUGUGAUUUUUGCUUCUUAGUCAUCACAUAAUCACUUGACCUCAACCAAAACGGCAGAAAAAGCUGAUUCCAUUUUGUGUUUUUUCAUUUUUUGCUUUUCCUUCUCAACUGCCGAUCAUAUCUCUUUUAAUAACUGCUUAACUGUCCAUCCUUUAACAAUUACACCUUUACACACAUCUCUACAAAUGAUAUUGUUAGUCAAUUAUUAACAGCAUCAGCAAAGUUAAAACAAGUUGACAAAUUCAAUCCUUUGUCUUUGAACUUGUUUUUGUUCUUUUUGUUAUUUCUCCUUUUUUUUGUUCAAAUCUUUUUCAUCUCUCUUUUUGAGGGAGAACAGAAAAGCGCUUCAACUUCAACUUCGACUUCUUUGUUACAAUUUACAACAAUCGCCAUUAACACUCACCUCUACACUUGUGUUUCGCAUUAAAUAACAUCAGCCUACACUACCCAAAAGAACGUCAAAUUGGACACUUGUGGGUUUAUUGUUUAUAAAGUGUUGCCAAGUUUUCAUCUUUUGCUUGGAUUUUAUUGUCAUUUUCAAAAAGUCUAUCUUGUUUAUUCCCUAUUACUUUCAUCAUAAUCAUCUUUUGUCUCCAUAUCUUACCGGUUAUUUUCUUUUCUUUUCUUUUCUGGUUAAAGCCAUCAUUGAAUAUUAACCUGUUGCUUCAGUUGUACCAACUAGUUUAUACCAGGAAAACGGGGUAUGGCCUGAAGGACUGGAAGAGAGACCCUCUAACCGCUGUUUGCUCUCUUUUUUUCAUUCAAAUCUGGUUCUAUUCAUUUCUUCUUUUCUCUUUCCUUUACUUCACUUCCUCUUCCACAAUCAUCUGUAGCUGUUUUUUCAUCAGUUCAUCAACUUACAUUUGGCGAUCAAAACCAGUCAACAUUAGUUGUUGAAUCUGGUCAACGGUAACCAGCAUUGAUUUUACCGUUAGACAGAAGUUCAACUAUUAGAUGUGUUCAUCAAAGACAAAAAUAUUGAAUUAAUAACCAGUUUGACUCUAAAAUAAGAGUAUUGGAUUUGCUCUUCAUCAUCGAAUGACCUGUGACAAAAUGGAAUAUCCUAAUCCCGAUCUUAAUCAGUUUAUUUUUUAGCAAUGGAUUAGUGUGUGUGAAAUUUAAACGGAUUAAAUGGUCAUAUACUUCUGUAUACCAGGAUUGCUAUUGUAAAUAAUAGCAGUGUGAUCAGUGUCGCUCGUUGCUUCACUUCUCUUGCCAACGUUUUUGUGGUCAUUUUUUGUUUCUCCAAGUCUUUGUUCACUUUGUGAAGUAUUUAGUUACUCUUUCUUCUUGUGAUAUUUCUUUUAUUGCCAACACCAAAUAUUUAUCAACAACACCAUGAUAAGCUUACUGUGUUAUAUUUAUCCUUUAUUAAUUUGUGGAUAUGAGCCACCUGAAGUAACAAUCGGUUGGAGCCGAAUAAUGGGAAUAAGACAAGAAGUGAAUAGCAACACCAAGCAUGAUGAGAAAAGCAUGCUAAAUGUUUUCCUUGGGAUACCUUAUGCAGAACCACCUUUAAAUAGUUAUCGUUUCCGCCCCCCGGAACCAAUAAAAAGUGUAAAUUAUUUUGGUUACUAUGCUGGUAAAUUUAAACCCAGAUGUAUAUCUCCUGAUUAUUAUGAAAAAUUUCUUGGCUCCACUUUUGAUGACCAACAAGAAGAUUGCCUUUACCUCAACAUAUGGAGUCCAUCUAAUUUAACAGACCCGAAAGACCUCAAACCAGUUUUGGUUUAUGUUCAUGAUCCAUCGAUUGAUGUACGAUCAAUUGAUGGUGCAAAACUUUCUCAUCGUGAUGAUAUGGUUGUAAUUACAUUUGACUAUCGAACCGGUUUAUUUGGAUUGAUUGAAGGCUAUGACAAUCAAAUAUCAGACAAUGCCAUUUUCCAUGACACCAAAGCCGUCCUUAAAUGGGUUCAAGAAAAUAUCUCACAUUUGGGUGGCGAUCCAACCAAAGUAACCCUUUUCGCUGAAGGAAAGGAAAGCGUUCGAGCCGGUUUACAAUUUUCUUAUGCAAUCAAUGAAAAAUUAUUUGCCCGAAUGGUUACCCGUAAUGGACCAAAGCUUGCCUCUUUUGAUACCGAUCAAUCAAUCCAAUGGCAAGAUGUGCUUGAUGUAGCUGAGAAAGUUGGUUGUGACCAGAAGAAAAAUCAACUUCUUUUGCUUUACUGUCUACGCAAUUCGGAUGCCAAGGAUUUGAUUAAUGGAUACCUGUCAAUCAAUGGUUCCUCGACAUCCUUAAACUUAUCAACGAUCACCUAUUCUCACAUGUUAAAUCAUUAAAUUGACUUGUAUUUAAACUCAUUUUUAUAAAACAAAAAAAAAAGUAAAAUUGUAAAUUUCAUUGUCUCAA